UUUCUUUUCUUUUAAUUUGUCGUUCCCUUUGCUGAAUCUACUUUUCUCUCUCUCUUACAUUCCUUGCCAAAUUUCUCUCUCUGCAUUGCCGCCGGCGUAAGCUCCGGUCGCAUCGCCGUUCUCCGGUCUUUUAGAUCCGUCAGGUGAAUGCUCCCAUUUUCCUUGUGCCUUUAAAGUGACAUGAUCCGUCUCUGGAGGCUGGAGGGUGAACUUUGAAUAUCCCUUGCUUCAUCUCCGUUGUGGGAGAGGGUACAAAAACUGUUGCUGGAUGUGCAGAUGAGCAUUACAGAUGUUAUUUGCAGCAGAGGGAGGAGGGUUCUUCUCGUCAUCGGCGUCUGGUUAUAGCAAGGGCCUAGCCCUUCUCCUCUUGGGGCACAAGAAUGAAGACAAACCCGUGAGAGUGUCGUCGUGGAGCCAAUACCAUUUGGUGGACCCGGAACCUGAUACCAACCUCCAUCUCGCUUCCUUUAGGAAUCGGCUCUCCCGUGCUUGCACCUCUUUUAUUUGUUUUGGUCGUGCUUCUGCAGGACCUGACAGCCCUUCUCCUCUUAGAGUUGGGCCUUCUCAGCUACAAGAUGUCCCCUCUGGUUCUCCCAUACAUCACCAAGGUAAAAGGGAUCGUGCACCUUGUAUUGAUGAUAACGUUGAAGCAACCAAAAGGUUUGCACUUAAGAGCAGCCUGAAGAAAAGAUCAUUUAGCGAUGCUGUUCCUGCCGAUGAUGUGAAUAGACAAGACACGCUGGAGGAUCACAUAGAAAGGAGGAAAGUGCAGUGGCCUGACACUUGUGGAAUUGAUCUUGCUGAGGUCAGAGAGUUUGUGCCGAGCGAAACGGGCGGAUCAGACGACGAGUUCCAACAUGGAGCUGGGAAAAGCUGUAUGUGCACAAUCAUGUAACCAUCUUUCUCAGUUGGCGGCUCUCAGAAUCCAUUGUUGGAUAUGAACUCCAUUAACAGAGUAAACGCCUGAAAUUACAGUUCAGAACAGAAACCAAUGUCAAAAGUUGAGGUAGAUGCAUUAUCCCGGACAACAAGUCUCUUGCCUUCUCUUAUCCUGUAUUAUUUUUUUGGUGGCCUAUCUAUGUUCCGUGUAUUCUAUAUAUAUAUAUAUGUGAGAGAGAGAGAGAGAUGCAUAAUUCAUAUACAAAGAUUGUAUAAGACGAGGAAUCUUAGGGCGUAUAAUUUCUGGUUCUCUAAUACCUCUCUCUCUCUCUCUCUCUCUGUGUAAUCUGAAAGAAUGAUGAUGCCUAAAGUAAAUCACAAUGAUUAAAAGAUCUA